AUGAAACAUGUGACUGUGAGUCUCCUCCUCCUGCUCCUCCUCCACCCUCUGACCUCAGUUAACCUGGAGGAGCAGGUGGAUAAAGUGCCUUUGGAGGUCAUCGUCGACAGCUCUCCCUGCAGCGCCACCUGUGGGCUCGGCGUUAAAACUCAAACCCUGUGUUUACUGAAAGAUGGCGAGACAGUCAUGGAAGAAGCCAAGAAAAGUAAAGAUGGAACAGAGGUGUCGGAGGUGUGUCGUGUCCGUAAGGUGAAGUGUUUGGAGUCGUGGCAGUGUGGACUCAGGACCAGGACAGUGACCUCGGGACAGAGACUGGAGAUCAACUGUCUGGGAGACGUCAUGGAGGCGAUGGGGAGGUUCUCCUGGAGGUAA